ACAAACGCUCCGUGACGUAGCCUGUAUGACAGCUGUCUUGUGCGCUCCUUACCUUAACGCUGUUUUUAUUGAUGGAUGGAGAGAUCUCCUUGUCGUCUGCUCCGGACAAAACAUGGAGAAGUACGAGAAGGUGUUGUGUUUGGGCAGGGGGGGAGCAGCGGACGUGUUCCUCAUGAGGCACGCGGAGAGCAAGAGCCUGCACGCGGUGAAGCGGAUCAAAAUAGAGGACACGAGGACAACAAAAAACCAAAGCGCAAUUCUCCAAGAGGCUAUGAUCAUUAGGCGGUUGGAGCACCCUCACGUAGUGAAAUGCAGCGAUGCCUUUGUGAACUCCGAUGGAUUCAUUUACAUUGUGAUGAACUACUGCGACGGAGGCACAUUAGAUGACAAAGUGAAACAGAGGAAUCCAGAGGAGUUUUUCACCGAGGAUACUGUGAUGGGGUGGUUUGUACAGGUCGCUAUGGCUUUAAAUUACAUACACAUGGCUAAAAUACUACACAGGGACAUCAAAACAUCAAAUGUACUGCUAACAAAGCAAGGCAUUGUGAAGUUAGCGGACUUUGGGAUAUCCAGAGUAAUGAACAACACAGCUGACAUGGCCUCCACAUGUGUUGGGACACCGAGCUACCUCAGUCCGGAGCUGUGCCGGGAUGUCCCGUACAGCUCCAAGUCGGAUAUCUGGGCUCUCGGCUGUCUGCUGUAUGAGAUCUGUGCCCUCAGGCCUCCGUUUGCAGCCACAAACCUCCUGAGUCUGUUCUACAAGAUCACCAGAGGAGAGUACGAUCCCGUGCCCAACAUCUACUCUGACAACAUCUCCUCUUUGAUCCAGAGAAUGCUUCGCCUCAACCCAGAACACAGGCCAAGGGCUGCCUGUAUACUUGACAGUGCAUAUGUGCAAUAUCACCUCAAUAUUGCCAAACACACAGAGACCGACCGUGUUCCUGUGAAAAGCGGUGACAGUACAGAAGAAAAAAUCACAGACACCACACCACAACCAGAUGUUCUAAGUCAGCCCCACCCACGGGAAGAAAAAGAACACAACAUGUGUUCCAGUGAUGUGGAGGAGGAACAUCAUGGUGCCUUGUGUGUUGGCGGACCAAACCACUGGGACUGCCACUAUCCUGAGGACUUUGAUGAAGAUGAAAGUCUGUCCUCUGUAGAGGAGUGCAGUAAGCACUCUGGGUCGCCAAUGAGCAGCGAUUCUGCUGAGCCAAUUGGUAACUCAUCGUUUCCAGAGGCCCCUGGUGUCUUAGAACAAGUUGAGUAUCCAGAUGACUUCGAGGAAGAAGAUUUUGAGGAUGAAGCGGCCUUAGUUCACACAGUUGCUCCUCCACAGCCGCAUGACGAUGCAGUGGAGGAGGAGUUCCAGCUCUGCGAUGCUGGAGGAUUAACAAUCACCCUGAAAGCAUUGAAGGAAAAAGGCUAAAAACGAACAUAAACACCUUGCCAAUGGGCCACAAUGUGAAUAAAGGGACCACAGCAGCUGAAACACUUAAAUAUCUAUCAAGUGCCUUGAUCGUGAAGUGUUUUAUUCCUUUGAUGUUUGAGAAACAUCAUAGUGCUGAGAUAAGAUGUUUUACUGCUAGAUGGUGUUAAAAAAACUUGGUGGGUCUAGAGAGAAUGAAUGCAGUCCUGCUCAGUGUGUGUUCAGUGACCUUAAUAUA